AUGGGGCCACUGGCCGGUGAUGGAGAAGUCUCGCGGUCUUCUUGGCCCAUUGCAAUGUUGUCACUUGAUGGUGGCGGUGUGCGCGGUCUAUCCUCGUUACUUAUCUUGCAACACCUCCUGCUUCUUGUGACGCAGAUAUUGGUCGAAAAUGGACAGAUACCAGAUGAGCAUACGCCGCAUACAAUGGUAAACCCUCAGGAGAUCUUUGAUAUUGCCGUCGGCACCAGCACGGGCGGCCUUAUCGUCCUCAUGAUGGUUAAAUUGGAUAUGUCCUUGGACGAAUGCAUUCAACAGUACAAAAAGCUCUCCCGAGAUAUCUUUUCAAAGCAGCGUCCACUGCUAAAGCGAAUCUUCGGUUCUGAUUGGUCAAAAUAUUCGGGAAGGAGGCUCGAAGCAGCCGUCGAGGAAUUGUUGAAGUCCAACAGUCAACCGGUCUCGCUUGAAAUGCGGUCCAGCACUCAGCAAAACGCCAUGAGAGGCACUGUCCUCUGUCACGAGAUGCCACAGCUUCACUCCGUUUUCUUUUGCACGGAUGAAUGUCAGGGACCAUAUAGACAGCACAUGCUGAAGUGCGAUCUCAAAGUCCGGCAUGCUGCACGAGCCACUUCUGCCGCUCCAUCCUAUUUUGAAGAGGUGAUCAUUGAAGAAAGAGCUUUCGUGGAUGGAGGCUAUGGCAAAACCAAUAACCCCUCAUGGGAGAGUCGAAUCCACUAUGAAAUGAAUCACAAGGUUCCCACGAAUCGGCAACUCGUCAUGAUCAACAUUGGGACCGGAACCCUACCACAGAAUGCUGAUGUUGCACGUCUCCGGAAACGCCCGUGGUGGACGAUGCUCUUGCCAAAAGGCCUGGUCAAAGCGUCUGGUCUCUUCGCAGACCUUAUCAGCAUGGCGACAGAAUCCGAGGGUGUAGCAAGCGACUUGGAAUAUCUGUCUAAGGAUAAUCCCGAGCGACUUUUCUUCAAGCGAUUCAGCGCCAAUACCGGCAUCCACAACAUCAAACUAGACGACUGGCAGGCCGUGGCAGGCGCCGAUGGCUCCAGUGUCAUCGAGCAGAGGACAGAAGCCUACCUGAGCGACCCGGUUGUGCUCGGUGAGCUGAAAGCAGCGGCCGAAAAGUUGGCCGAGGUCUAUGUCAAACGUCAAGAGCUUAAACGUCAAGAGCACGCCGGCGAUAUACCCUCCGCCGCCAACAACGUGAACAACGAGGAAGGGAUUGAUCUUUCUGUCUCGGUGGUCGUGCAGCCGGCUGCGGCCGGCGCAGUACCUAGCCUUGUCACAGGAUCAGAACCAACACAAUCACCUGGUCCCUCCCCGCCACGGACUCCAGAGGUAGGCUGGGGACCGCCGUUGCCACCCAUCGACACGGCCCAGAAUAAGGAAAUCCUGCAAGGCCAAGGGGGGCAGUUUGAACAAAGCAUUCUGCCCACGGCGUCUCUGCUCAGCCCGACAUCUCCUAAUCGAUCUGUGCCGAGGACGGUUAGACGAGCUGUCACAUAUCCACCCAGAUCAACUCCGCCAGAGGAGGAGUGA